AUGGAUCAGAAUCAGCUUUCAAAUGGAAGAAAGGCAAUGGAACAGGAGCUACUCAGAGGGCGUGAUAUAGCAAAUCAGUUACUUGAAGUACUUGUUCAUAAAUCGAAUGCUCACCAUGGAGAUGUAAGAGGGUCAAUGUUACCAUUUGCUGAAGAUCUUGUGCGCAAGGUACUGAGAUCAUUCACAAACACCCUUUUCAUCUUGAAAACCAAUAAUGAUGUCUCCAAUGAGGUGGUUGUUCCUAUCACUGUCAGGGAUUUCUCUUCUUCCGCUAAUUGCCAAAAGCCUGAGGAUACAGAUGAGACUCGCGAGAGUUUCUUCAACCCUAAAAGUAGAAGAGGGUGCUACAAGAGAAAGUCAACUGCACCAACUUGGGAGAGGGACAGCUCAAAUCUGAUUGAAGAUGGCUAUGCCUGGAGAAAGUAUGGACAAAAAAUGACAAUGAAUGCUAAAUAUCUUAGGAGCUACUUCAGAUGCACUCACAAGAAUGAUCAAGGCUGUCCAGCAAUCAAGCAGGAACAGAGAAUUCAAGAGGACCCUCCAUUGUAUCGGACAACAUAUUACGGCCAUCACAUAUGCAAAAGCUCUUUAACUUCAGAGAUAAUUUUGGAACCUAAUUCUUCUUCUGGCUCUUCUAUAUUCCUUAACUUCAAUAACAGCCUUCCAAGCAAAGAAGAAUACCCUUUUUCAUCAUCACUUUUUGCAUCCACAAAACAUGAGCCUAUGGAAGUGAUUCCCAAUGACCAUUUUGCUCACAACCAAUUGCCCUCAUCAGAUUACCCCAUGUCAUGUGACUAUGAACUUGAUUUGAGUUAUUCAAGUCUUGUUACUAUGCUACCAUAUACCGAAUCUGUUCAAUUUGAUCAAAACGCUUAUGGGUGUAGUUUGGAUUUUGAUGGCUAG